GGCGAGGGGAAGGAUUCCUCGGCACUACCUGAGAGGGUGGACCGGAUCCGACGGGAACGGCCGCGCUUGUACUACAGCUCCUCGCUGGCCCCGAAGCAGCGGGUGCCAUCCACUUCGAGUCAUUCGCGGCCACACGAUCCGACCCACGAAGAGCAGGCACCGUUACGCGGCAACUAAUAAGCAAAAAACAAAAAACAAACAAAAAAAGAACCACAUGAAAUGCAGGACACGCGAAAAACAUAUAUAAAAAAAAGCUUGCUUGUAAGCCACGAAGUAAUGAAAAGAGUAAAAAUAUGGAGAGGGGAGAGAUUCCCCCACCCCUACGAUGGGACGGCACCCCCCCGCUUUGGGCAUCGGCGGUACUCACUCGUACGAACCGGCGACUGACAGAAGCAGGAACAGUGCUCCGCUGCGUAUCUGCAUCCCAACGGUCUCUGUCCGCAAAGGAGUGCCAGUCACCUGAAGUCGCCCGGCUACUGCUGUCGCUUCGUGCCCCCCGAAUAAGUUGGCCUUGCGCUCCUCCUAGCAGGAUCGAAAGUGCGGAGUACUAUCGCCAGACGUGAGACCCGAGAGUGCCGCCAUGCGACUCAGCCUGACCGUGGCGUUCCUGGCGGCGGCGCUCUGCAGCUGCCUGCUGGUGGGAGGAACCUCACCGGCCUUGACGCGCCGCCAGCAGAACCAGCCGUCGCACGACACCCUGUGGCAGAGCCUGACGCGCUACUCGCCCAUCGCGCUCGCCCUCUCGCUCAUGGCGCUGCCACUGCUGCCGCUGGUCUUCACGGGACCCGCUACCCUUGCAGGCACCGGGCACGCCAUCAACGCGCUCAACCUCAACCCGGGCAUGCUGAUGAAGCGGUCGGCUGAAUCCUCGCAACUGUCUCCGUCCAAGUCGGCCGCGGCUGGCCACCCGGCCGCGGGUCUGUUCAGCAGCGCCCCGGCGAUGGUGGCCCUCCUGACGCGCUUCGACGAAGUGCUCCAGAAGUACGACGUCACCGAGCCCGAUUGCAGGCUGCGGCUCGCCUGCGAGCUGCACCGGGACGGGCUCAGCCCGCAGGCUGCAACCAUCGCCGACAGGCUCGUGCGCCUCUUCGGCGUGGAGCAACGCAUCGAGCGGUCCAGCUUCGGCCCCGGGACAAAGACAGCGGUCCGGGAACUCCUGAAGGCGGCCCGCCACGGCCUCGGUCGGAAAGACUGCGCGCGCAUCUACGCGCGCUGUCCGUACGCCCCUCGGGAGAUGCUGAAGAGCCGAGUGCAGGGCUAGCCAACAACGACCUGGAACGACCUGCGCUAUCGCAACAUCCCUUUCACCGCCGUCAUCGUCGUCAAUCACGGACCCGUGGCGAGGGCCACUUGCCCGCACACUGGCUCAGAGUGGAUUGGAGCCCAACGACCACUUUGAUCGCAACGUGGCUUAAGCGUCGCGCUUGCUCAGUGGCUAUGACGUGCUGCCACAAGGCAUGAGGUCACGGGUUUUAUACCACCACCUUUUGAUGCCGGCUAAAUGAAAAAUACUAUCAUGUACGCGUAGAUUUAGCUGCACGAAAACGAGGCCUAGAGAGUCGCGGAUAGCAAGGAGAAUGCCACAACGGCAUAUUUCGGAGCUCGUGUGCUGCCCAGACGAAUUAAGUGCGAGCAAACACAUAUCCGCUGACUCAGUGUGCCCCACAUGGGCACGCUACAGCACGCAGCGCCGCACGUGCGAAAAGUCAGAAGUCGAGCAACAAGAGAAAAGAAAGAUCGCAAGGUCGUGAGUGUGAUUGCCCACCGCCGCUGCUGCCGUUCGGAUGGAUGGAAUGGAAGAACGCUUGUGCACUCAGAUUUCACGGGGGACCGAAAUCGUUCCGGAGCCUUACACUACAACCCUUGUGCAAUUGCGGGAUGCGAAACCCCGUUUAUUGAUCAAUUUCUUUUUUGAAAUGUGGGUGCAGAUGACAGGGAAAUGUGCCCGAUACGUCGGGGCUCAACUUUUGCUUUGCAGCUCGCCGUCAAAGGCAGGCAGACUUGAGUGCCGUUGGCAACGGUUGGAUGAUAGCUAUUUAUUAUGGGAAGAUACACUGAUUCUAUUUUCUUUUUUUGUAGCAAGGACGUAAGCUGCGUUAUGGAUUUCGGCACCAGUUUUGCGGAAGUCACAUGAAAAACGUGGUUUUUCGCGUUAGAAUGGCAAGUACAUUGCAAGUACUCGAGCGCACAUUGACAAAUCCUCCAUAUACUUGGGUAAUUCUGACCUUCUCUAGAUUUCAUGCACUGCGUAAGGAUAAUUCACUCCACAAAGCCACAUCUGCGCAAUCAGUGCUGUUCAUUUAAUUUCUACUUGCUGGUCAUUUCUUUUAUUCCCAUGGUAUGAACACAUUUUCUUAAGCACAGCGACAAACGGAUCAUUCACUUCUGGGUAAUGCAACUGAUUGUUAACUGGUCUGAAGUCGCAUUCACGGCCCAGUGAACUCCUAAAGUUAAUCGCUUCGCAAGCACUAUAUCGUGUGUAAGGGUCUUACAAUGAAAUUAUGUCGCGUAAGUUUCUUGAGUUUCCGAAGUACGUAUAUUCCGUGUAACUCUCACAAUAGCCGCAAAGCGUAUAUCAACUGCAUCCUCCUGAGUUACUCGAUCGGAUGAAAAAAAAAUGUCUUCACCAGUCAAAUAAGCUUAAAUGCCCUUAAUAUUUAGAUGCGGCAUGCAUCUGAAUGCAUUCCCUGAUUAAUAUUUCAUUUUUUUUGCUUCUAUGACAGAAGAGCCAGAUAAAUACACGAUAUCUUUUAGAAUUGUUUCCUUCUUCAGCAAAGAAAAUCUGCGUGGAGAAAUCACCGAACUUUCCAUGUUCUUGUAAUCGUAAGCCAAUCACUUCAUCACACUUUAUGGGUCAUGUGCGCAAGGACGCAUUAUUUAUUUUGGGUUUACCACUGCUGGCUUUACCGGUGGGAUCUCGAGAAAUUUUCGGAAGGUGCAUGUUUGGUUAUGGAAGGACGCAACAGUAUCUCUUCGAAUCAUUCAGGCUGGUUCCUGAAGGAGACUUAAAAGUCACUACAUUAUCGCCAUAAGCACUCGCGGUGUUUUUUAUGUAAAACCUCACAUGACAUAUCUGUUUUGUUUCGUCGCCUCACAUGCAAUAGAGUGCGCGAAGGCUGCUUCGCGCGAAUAUUAAACUGACUUUCCAUGCUU